AGGGAAUAUCCGUAUCCCUUUCUUUCACAGGAUACGGAGUGGCUAGGGUUCCGUCAAAAGAAAAAACCUAACAAACAUGGGAGGCAAAGGGAGGAGGAGGAGAGAGAAGAAUUAUAGAGCUGCUCAUGGUGGUCCAGCCAGACUUCCGCCGCCGCCUGAUCCCUCACAAGUCGAGGCUAUACCUUCUAAACUCCGCCAAAUCAUGUCCUUCACCACCGAUUCUCUCCACGGUGAACACAAAGAAGCAGAAGGGGAUGCUGGGAAAAAGAAAAAACAAGCGGUGAAUGGAAUUAAGCUAAAAGCUAAUGAGAUCAAAGAUGGAAGUAAUGAUAAGAAUCUCAAGAAAUCUCGAGAUUCAGAUAGGGAGGAAGAUACUAUGCGGAGUGAAAAAGGUGGAAAGAAAAACAAGAAAAGGAAGAGGAAUCAAGUAACCGAUCUCCGGUUUGAACCCACUGUGGAUAAGUUAAGCGGCAGCUCUAAACGAAAGGAGCGCAAGAAAAAGUAUUUUGAAGCAAAGAAGAAAAAACAUAAGAAUGCUAGAACAGAAGAGAACCUAGAUUUUCCUGGAAGAGAGACUGUAAAAUUCGGAGAUGUGGUCGAAGCUCCGCCGAAAUUGGUUACAGUACCCAAGGGAUCAAAGAACUUACUCGAUGCUUCCAAGGAGAGGCUUAGGUUACAUGCUAUUGAGACCUAUAGGAGUCGCAAAGGAUGGAGCUCGAGACCAGGGGCACCUCAACUACCUCCAGUAACUACAUGAUAAUCAAUUCAGCGCUAUUUAUAUUUCCAGUGUAUGCAUCCCUUGACAUUCUCUAGUUGUUUAAGCCUGCUUAACUAUAUGAUGUCCACUUGUAUGAGUGACCACCCUGUUGUUGAGUCUCGGCUCAAUUUUGUUAGAGAUAAUGGAUGUCCUUGAUUUUGUUGAAUCAUAGCAAAAGAUGCCCCGUUUUUAAUUCAUAGCACGCAUAUAGCAGUUCUUUCUUGUUUUA